CAGAGUCGACAUCGCAUGUCUAUUUUGCUUGAGCAGCAUUCUCGCCCCUAGGUAAGAGGUAGGGGACUUCCACCGCAAGAUGCCCUCGCCCUCAAGCCAGCCCACACAUCUCGACCCAAGUGAGCUCGGAACGAAGGAGUAUUGGGACAAGUACUACCAGAACGAUCUUGACAAUGCAGACGUCGAAGACGAUGACGACGAAGAAGAUGAGGACCCGCCAGACCCAUCUGAUCUAGAAUCAUGGUUCGACGACGUUGGCGCACCAGCAAAGACUCUCGAAUUCUUGACGUCCGAGACGUUCCCACUGUCACCUAAUUACAAUCACUCUGGCUCUGGCUUCAAGAGCCCAUCACAUCAGCCGAGUGUUCUUGACCUUGGCACGGGCAAUGGAAGCGCCUUGUUCGCACUGCGUCUCGAAGGAGAGUACUUAGGCCGUAUGGUCGGCGUGGAUUACUCGAGGCAGAGCGUUGAGUUGGCGAAGAAACUUGCCCGUCAAUAUGUUUGUACCUCGAAAUCCGACGAAGGCGUGGCCGCGAACGUGGACUCGGAGGCCAGUGAUACAGGGGAAGAGGAGAUCUCUUUCAAAAUCCUAGACCUCAUUCACGACACCCCAGGCGAACAAGAGUGGUGGCCGUCCGCGGAGGGUGGAUUCGACCUGGUUCUCGACAAGGGGACAUUCGAUGCGAUUUCUCUUUCAUCGGCGACGGUACUCGAUCAUGCGACAAACCAUGAGCGGAGGAUCUGUGAGAUGUACCCAGCAAAAGUUCUAGGGAUGGUCAAGCCGGGAGGCUUUCUUCUGGUGACAAGCUGUAAUUGGACGGAGGACGAGGUCGUCUCGUGGUUUACGAACGCUGACUUGAGAGGAACUACGACGGGAAAGUUUGACGUAUAUGACAGAGUCAGAUACCGUGUCUUCGAGUUUGGAGGGCAGAAAGGACAGGGAGUGGCGAGCAUGUGCUUCAGGAAGACAGAGACAGCUGGUGAAAGUCAAUAACAUUCAUCUGACUACCCCAGGUGUUAACCAAAUCGAUUCGCUAAUCGCGUAUCAUGGCGGAGCAGAGCUGUACUGCACAGCACAGCACAUCUGCAGCAUGCGUAGGCAAAAGGAGUUACACUCAAUGCCGGUUCCUAACUCAUCAACAUGUUCACGGCCCAUGGGACGGAUAAUUGUCGCAAGUCGCCGUAGUGCUGGCCAACGCCAAUAAAUUGCACAGGCAC